GCAAAGAUCGCCAUACCUCCGUAUUGACCUUGCGCGUUCCCGGCUUUUUAUUUGACAAUUCAAUCGCACACAAUUCGUUUGUAAACAAAGUGGACAAUUCAAAACGUUUCUCUUUACAAAACGAAAUACUUUUCUUUUUAGUACCAUAUUUAUGUGGUUUUGAGAAAAUUAACACGUACAGAAACACGGUCUUAAACCAGGCAUAAAUAUAAUGUCAGAAAAAAAGGUCGGUGCCGGUGGUUCAGGGGGACCCGGAGGCGGCGAUAACAAGGAGAAACGUCGGAAAGAGUCAAUUCUGGACCUCAGCAAGUAUCUGGAGAAAACUAUCCGAGUCAAAUUUGCCGGUGGCCGUGAGGCAGCCGGUGUACUCAAAGGGUACGAUCCGUUACUCAAUCUGGUGCUCGAUAAUACGGUAGAAUUUUUGCGCGACCCCGAUGACUACAAAUUGGCGGAAGAAACGCGGCAUCUUGGGCUGGUGGUAUGUCGGGGGACAUCCGUAGUGCUCAUAUGUCCUCAGGAAGGCAUGGAGUCGAUACAGAACCCGUUCAUAACGCAAGAAGGCUAAUGCAGCGUUCAGCAAUUGUGCGAUUGGAGAUAUGGGUCACUUUCAGUUUAGAAUAAAAAUGCAUUUUGUUAAAGAAUCUAAUUUAUUACUCUGUAAUUUUGCAGUCAAAUUUUCCAAUGAAAUACAAUAUCAAUUGUAUCACUUUAUUUUGAUGGUUUCCUAUUUAUCUAAUGGGAAAAGUAUUUUCAAUAACAA